UUUUUUGUUCCUCUCUUCCAAAGAAACGCGGCUCUUAGCACUUGUUCCUCACAUCACAUAUAUAAUAUACAUAAUACAUAAACAUAAAUAAAACUAACCUAAAUGCGAAAUCUCAAAGAAACUCAACCUUACCCCAAACUUGUUCUAUAAACCCUAAUUUUAUCUACCCAUUUGCCUGUGUAAUACGCACCAAAAUCCAACUUUAAGUUGGUUUUUCUUCCUUUUGAGAUUGCCCUAAUCUUAGUCACUCACAAAAUAUCCUAUUUUUUGCUCCAAUUGUAAGGCAAUUGAAGUUUUAUUAAGUUGAAGGGAAGAUGGAGAUAAAUAGUGUGAAUGAAUUUGGUGAUGGGGUUGCAUGGUAUAGAGGAGCAAUGGUAGGAAAAGGAAGUUUUGGUUGUGUUUAUUUGGCUACUUUAAAGAACCAAAAACUGAAUUACAGCUACCUUCCAACAGUUAUGGCUGUAAAAUCUGCUGAAGUUUCUAUUUCAGGUUCAAUUCAAAAGGAAAGGGAAGUUCUCAACAACAUCAAAGGUUGUCCUUACAUUAUUCGCUGUUUCGGUGAUGAAACUACUACAGGUAAAAAUGGUGCAAUGGUUUAUAACUUGUUGUUGGAGUAUGGUUCAGGUGGAACCCUAGCUGAGAGGAUUGAGAAAUUUGGGAGCAAUGGAUUGUGUGAAUUUGAGGUAAGGAAUCAUACAAGAUCUAUGCUUAGAGGGUUGAAUUAUAUUCAUGAUAUUGGUUAUGUUCAUUGUGAUAUGAAGCCUGAUAAUAUAUUACUUGUACCGAAUUCGAACGAGGGAAAAAAAAGUACUGAAUUUAAGGCUAAGAUUGGUGAUUUAGGGUUAGCUAAGAGAGAAAAAGUUCAGAGCAAGAAGAGGAGGUUGGAGCCUUACUGGAGGGGCACACCGAUGUAUUUGUCGCCUGAAGCUGUUUCGGAUAAUGUACAAGAAUGUCCUGCUGAUAUUUGGGCUUUAGGUUGUAUUGUGCUUGAGAUGUUAACUGGAAAACCUCCGUGGGAUAGGAAAGAGGAUAAUGCUGAGGAUGUACUUAGGAAGAUCGGGGGAGGGCACGAAUUGCCUAGAAUUCCGGAGAACUUAUCGAAGGAGGCAAAAGAUUUCUUGAAGGGUUGUUUCGUUAGGAACCCUAGGUAUAGAUGGACUGCAGAGAUGCUGUUGACUCAUCCGUUUGUUGACGGAUUAAUUGAUGAUGAAGGAGUUGAACAACCACAGGAAGUUGAGGAUAUAAAUGUAAUUGAUUCUAUUCUUUUGGUUACUGAAAGUGAUGAUGAGUUAGCUUAUUAUUCAGAAGAUUGGAGCUACGCGUCUGAAGAUGAGUCCCUUGGUUACUGGUCCGAGGAAGAUUAUGAGGAAAUAGAGGAUGAAAUGACAUCUUAUUUUGCUGAAGAAGGGAUAUUUAAAGUAGAAAAAAGUAUAACUGUUAUAAGUUCCACUAUUGAUGGUGGUUCUGAUCAUAUACUUGAUCCAUCAGUUAAGGUCCCUUCAGGAAGUCCAUCAAACAAUUCGUCGAAAUGUCCGUUAAGUAUUACCAUUCCUGCAGGAGUCUAGGAAUAGUUGGCAGGAUGGAGAUUUAAGCAUUGCAUUAUACAUUAAAUUCAUUGAUUUGUUACUAGACGUAGCGCUGUAGUAUGUAUGCAGUUCAAAUUGGGUUGAGAUUAAAUGAUAAGAUCUGUUAUUCUUUUUAA